AUGCUGGCGGUCGCUGCUGUGGCGCUUUUCGCGGUCAUACGUGCAGCGGACGCGGCAGUCGCCUACAAUGAGGCCCUGUGGAAUUCGUUCAGCCGUUACGAGGCCGAUCACGUUCCCGCCAAGCUGCUGUUCCCCAUCAACAAGGAGAGCUCGGGUCCCAAGCUCUUCCCCCUUGACCUGGUCUGGAGCGUGGAGGAGGACUGCCAUGGCCCGAGCCGCCCCUUCCCAAGCCCUGUGGCUCGCGAAGUGGCCGGCGCAUGCGAGUACAAGCCCACGGGCAGCAACAUGUACAAGUUCUGGCAGAAGCUUCCCGGCGACCGCCUGCGGUUCUCAAACUGCUACUGCUACGCGGCUGACUUUUACGGCGGCGGCUGGUGCUACCCCGGCCUCGCGGGCGGCAUGGGCGAGAUGGACCCCCGCACCACGUCCUGCGCUGACCUGUCGCGGCGCGUGGUCGCGGACGGCGGCGUGCCCGUGACCCGCAAGGCCGCGGUGGAGGGGCCGGUGCCGGCGGCGGGGCACUACAUCGCCCUCUACUACAGGCCCCAGUCGAGCUGCGACUUCCCCCACUGCAUGCCCGACUUCCACUUCCUGCGCCGCGACAUGGGCGGCACCUGGAGCCAGAAGACGGGCGAGGCGCCCGUCACCAACCGCGACGCCGACGGCAAGAUCAUCAAGGACCCCCAGGCCGCACGCCUGGGCGGCGGCUACACCAAGCUGUGCGGCUACUUCAAGGUGGACCCCGCCAAGAUGAAGGUUAAAGCGCAGCGCACCCCCGACCGCGUCAACAACCUGCUGCAGCGGUGGCGCGAGGCGGGGCUGGAGGUGCACGUGACGCCGCUGCCGUACAACCCCGCAACCGACGCGGUGGACCCGGCGGCGCGCGACGCGCAGCGGCUGCAGUCGCAGCGGGAACAGCUGGGCGCGCCGGAUCCCCAGCAGCAGCAGCUGCAGCAGUCGCAGGCGCAGGCGUUGCGCCAGGCGCCUGCGGGGCCGACCAACAACGGCCGCGACGCGGCCGCACCUGCCGCACCCGCCUCCAACCAGCAGCAGCAGCAGCAGCCGGGCAAGGCGGGCGGGCGCCGGCUGAUGCGCGGCGGCGCCGGCGGCGCCUGA